AUGUCUAGUCGGCCUCAAGUACCUGACGAUACUCGACCCUCACUUUUAUUCCUCCCUCUCGAUAUUCACGUUCUUCUCUUUGAGUAUCUUUCACCCUCCGAUAUUUCAAGAUUGCGCACUCUUUCGCAUGCAUCGUACAAAUUAUUUACUUCACCAGCAGUAUGCUCGCACUACCUCUCUCGUCACGGCAUCUUCCCAGAACCGCAGGAUAGUGCAAAGGCUGAAUUUGACAGUUACUUCCGUCCUCGGUCUAGGAUUAGGAAGGGAACUCCAACCAGGGCAACGGUUAUAGAUGGUCUGAGGUUAACUGAGUUCGAUGCACCAUAUUUCACUAAAAGUCAUGCCUACCGUAGUGCUGGCGAUAACGCAAAUCGGGACGGUGUAGUGGGUUAUAGAACAGCGGCUGGUGACUUGGCGCUCUGUGAUCUUUCUAAUCCCUCUAACUCUACUGUUUUAUUGAUCGAUAAAACGUGGGAGUUUACGACACAAUCGCUGGCCGAGUAUAAUGAGAGUGGUGCGGGUAUGAUUGUUAUGGAACCAGGUAGAAGGAUUAAAGAGCGGAUAUCAGGGAGCUGGUGGCCGGCGGAGUCAUUUGAGAGCAAGGGAAUUGGGAUGAGAAAAUUUGAAGUCAACAUACAUAACGACUUCGAAGGAGAGGUUUUAUUUAUAGAACUAUCGUGGAUUAAGGACGAAAAAGUAAUGGAUCCUUAUGACGUUGUCGCCCUCCUAUCUGCAGCACAUACGCCAUUACCAUCAGAAGAAGAAAGAACAUGGUACCCGAUUGUCGCCAGGACCAAAAGCCUUGGUUUAGUUAUUUCGUUGAAACCCAAAAGCUUCGGACAUCCCCUUGCUACAUUUUCACUACCGCCGAAUCAAUUCCCACACGCAGAAUAUGUUUUAAACUCAUAUUACAUUGCAGGGAUAAUACCGAAAACGCAGCAGUUUGCAUUCUUAAGAUACUCAAGAGAUGACAUGGAAACCGUUUGCGCGAUUCAAGGUGCGAGAAAGGAAGGUCACGGGUCACAGCUAUUUUGGAAACUACAAGAGUAUCUUCCCGCGGUGGUGCUGAUAGACCUAGAAAAAAUGGGGUUAUCGAAGUUUUGCAUCCCGUUUGAAUCAAGGGUAGACUCAGGGAACAACUCAGAUACUCAUAUACAACAGGAUAGAGCUGGGGAGUUGGUAUUCAUAAUAACGGGGACAGGGGUUACAGCAUUUGAUAUCACAAGAAUGAGCCAGUACGGUGGGUUAAACGCUGUAAAGACCUAUUGGUGGAGGCAUCAAGAUUGUAUGAGGGUAUAUGCCCCCUUGGAUGAGGAUUUAGACCAGGAAAAGAUGGAAAGAACACUAUCAUGGCAGCAAUUGCAAGAUACAUCGACUCGCACUAGACUUGGAUCUGAUUUGGGGAGCAAGUUGAUCGCUCCGUCAGUGGGAAGGAUCUGGAGAAGCUUUCUGCCUGGAACGGUUUUUGGCGGAGGGAAUGGUGAUGAUGAGAUGUUCACGAUUGUCAGAGCGUACAACUACGUUAUUCAGGUGGUGCACGGUAAAGCUCCAUCCGAAGAAAUCCAUACAAAGAUACCAGCGUGGGAAAGACCGGAGUUUUUGGUGGCAUGGGAAAUUCCUCUUACGAAGAAGGGGCUCGAAAAAUAUUCCUCUCAGAUGUUAAAUGAAAAAGCUGGAUUUCAGGGUUCCAAAGAUGAGGCGCCAAUUGUGGACCCGGAUGGGAAUACAAAGUUUUCGUAUUCUGAGAAUCCUGAAGGAAUAGACCCGACCAAGAUAAUGCGGUUACAAACAGCCUUAACGAGAAACCUAAAUAGCCUUCUAGCCGCCUCCGAAUCCAAACCACACUCAGUACUGGCAGUACACAUGCCACAGAGAACAUUUGUGAAGGAAAACAGGCAUAAAACGAUGCCUCGAUUCUUAAAAAUUAACGACUACGGGAUAACACUAGAAGGCGAUGAGUUUCGAGAACUUGUUGGACCAGUUGAAAGAGGCAGAUGGACACCGGAAAGGCAUCAUGCCGGCUUACUAAAACUUCCGAGACGACAGCAAAGGGAUAUUCUGAGGAUUAAUUGUGAUAUCAAAUUACUUUGUGAGCGGCCAUAUCCUCGCUCUAUUCGUUCCGAAAAACGACGCAGCAGCUUGAUGAGAGGUUUUUUUCGGGGUAAGGAGGAUAAUUUACAGGCUUGGGAGAAGUAUACAAGCAGAGCACUAGGAUUAGAGACUUUACCUCGAGGAAAUAUUCAACAUAUCAAGGUUGGAGAUAGUGGAAGUUACAUUGCCUAUGUUGUUGAGGUUCGACCAGAGCAAAGAGAGCCUCAUGGUACGCUAAGCGGGGCGUUAGUUAUUGUGCGAUAUGAUUAA